CUGUGGCUGACGUUUGCCCCUGUGGCUGAUGAGACAGCUGCCUACUUCCAUAUUUCCCUGGAGAUGGUCAACUGGCUCUCAAUAGUGUACCUCCUCAUCUCAAUCCCUUUUGGACUGGUGGCAACAUGGGUUCUCGACAUCGUGGGUCUCAGAUGUGCUGUGAUCCUGAGCGCAUGGCUAAACAUGAUGGGUAGUGUCAUCCGGAUGUUCAGCGUCCUGAAGUUCCUGAGUUUGGGUUCCUGUUACUGGUACCUGUUUAUUGGGCAAUGCUUCUGUGCACUGGCACAGCCCCUUAUCAUCUUUUCACCAACAAAACUGGCAGCACUAUGGUUCCCAGACCACCAGAGAGCGACAGCAAAUAUGAUUGCAUCGAUGUCCAACCCCUUGGGUAUUCUUAUAGCAAAUGUGCUGUCACCUGCACUAGUUCCUGAAGGAAAGCACAUCCCAUUGAUGCUGGGUGUUUAUGCUGUCCCAGCGAUAGCAGCCUGUGCUCUAGCAACUGUGGGGAUUCACGAGAAGGUUCCUCCAACACCUCCUUCGGCCAGUGCCACUAACUCCACCUCCCAGCCAUUCCUCACAGGGCUCAAAAUGCUCCUGAGAAACAAGCCAUACAUCAUCCUGGCAGUGUGCUUUGGAGGAGGAAUUGGGAUGUUCACCUGCUUUUCAGCUCUGCUGGAACAGAUCCUUUGUGAAAAGGGGUAUUCAAAUGAAUUUGCUGGCCUGAAUGGUGCACUGUUCACAGUGUGUGGUUUGUUGGGUGCUUUCCUGCUAGGCCUGUAUGUUGACCGGACAAGGAAGUUCAUAGAGUCCACCAAGAUUUGUUUCUGUCUGAGUGCACUUGCCAGCACCAUGUUCGCAGUGACUUCUCGGUUCAGACAUCAGGCCAUCACACUGGCCAUCACCAGCUCACUCUUUGGUUUCUUUGGUUUUGCCAUCUACCCCAUUGCCAUGGAGCUGGCUGUAGAGUGCUCCUACCCCGUGGGAGAGGGCACAUCUACAGGCCUGAUUUUUGUUGCAAGCCAGAUUGAAGGUGUGAUUUUAAUGAUUCUGCUACAAGCCCUCACUGUUCGUGUUUCUGAGGAUCCGUCUUCCACCUGCAACCUUGACCAGGAUGGAGUCCUGGACUGGACAACUCCAGUACUGGUGCUGGCUGGCCUCUGCAGUGCUAUGGCUUGUUUCUACGUCAUCUUCUUCCACACUGACUACAAGCGGCUCCAUGCUGAGACAAACAGUGAUGAUUUGGUCAAGGCAGAAGAUACAGCAAGAGCAGAUGUUCCUGAAGCAUAA